AUGUUACCUCCAGAUGGCAGCAACCAUGAGUAUGGUGGGUUAAGUGGAAGGCAGAUGGCACCGAGAGGCACUGGGCAGCUGGCUACAACACUCACCUUCACUCCACCACAACCAAGGAUGCUGGCACAGGCAGCUGAUUAUACCAACGAUGAAGACCCUCAUUAUAAAUCAGAUUCAAGAACCUUAGAGAAAGAAGAUAUUAAAUUAUCCAGUUCUUUCGCUGCAGCACUUGCGAAGCAAAAAAACGAAGACGAUGUCAAGAGAGAAUCUUUGGAUAAUAAGAACGAGGAUGACAUAUAUAAUGACGAUGAUACCUAUGGAGAGGAGCAGGACUUUGUCUAUGACUGGUAUGAAGACAAUUACAAGAAAUAUAAAAAUUAUGUGAAACAUAACUUGUUUUCUGACUUAUAUAAUCCAAGGUAUAUCAUCGAAAACACAGGAUUAUGCAAGAGAAACUCGAAAAUCUUUGUUUUUAUAAACUCUCGAGUGACUAACACGAAUGCUCGUCAGGCAAUACGAGACACCUACCUAAGAGAACUCAUUAAAGGCAAAAUUUCUUAUGGUUUUCUCAUUUCAAACCCAGAAGAAGACUUAGCCAUGCAGGCGUUGCAGGCUGAAAACAGUAAGUUCGGAGAUGUUAUCGUGGUGGGGAGCCAGGAGUCGUACCCCAACCUCACCCUCAAGACGGCACACAUGAUGCACUGGACACUCACUAACUGUCCUGACAUUACCUACAUUGCCAAGGUUGACGAUGACGUUUACGUGAACGUGGCGAGAUUCCUGCGUGUGUUGAACGUUGCCAGGACACACACUAUCAUAGGCAAGGUGUGUAGCACAUGUGUGCCAUUCAGGGGCAGCCAUGUGCCACUGGGCCAAGCACUACGAGAAUUCGGCAAUGUAGUGACUAGACGUCAUAUGCCCCUCACUACGUACCCAUCCUUCACCAUGGGUCCAGCGUACGUCAUCACCACUGAUAUCAUCCCGCUGCUGGUGGAGGCGGCGCAGCAGAUGGUCUAUUUCAGCUACGAGGAUGUGUUUUGGACGGGGUUGGCGGCUGAGGUGGUGAGCAGGGAGAGUGGGAUGAACGUCGGCUUGAGGGACGACCCGGUCAGCAUCAAGAUGAAGUACCACAAGAUGGGAUUCCAGCGUCUUCCCGCCGUACAAGUGAAGCGGGAAGAUGUUUCGAACUGGCGUGUGGACCGCAGGUUCUCCGAAUCCCUGCAGGUCGCCAUAGGAAAAGCUCAGAAUGCCGUCACCGUUCACAAUGUCAACUGGGACAGAGACAAACAGUUUGUGUCAGCCUUGCAAAGAAUCAGAUUCUAACAUAACAUAUGGAAAGACACGGUCUGGCUGUUGAUGAAACUCAGCAUUUCAUGUUUCUAGUCCUUCAAGCGAAGGGCUUUUAAUCUAAGGAAUUAAGCUGCUCACCCCUUUCCCUGAUUAAACCUGAGUGCCUUCCAUUCCCCAAGCUCUACAUGGCUCUUACGAGCUUGGCGCUUUCCUCUGAAUAUAAUCAUAAUUCUUGUCUUUAAAUGAUAUGUAAACGGAAUAAUGAUAAAGUAUUUUAUUGCUGUUCAGUGGUUUGUUCAUAGCCUUCAUUUUUCUUAGUACAAUUUAUAUGCCAUCCAGGUUCAUGAAUUUAAAUUUUGUAUUAGCAAGCAGCUGUAAAUCACCUUGCUGUACCAGCAGGUGGUUGCAGAUCACCUUGCUGUACCAGCAGGCAGUUGCAGAUCACCUUGCUGCACCAUCAGGCAGUUGCAGAUGACCUUGCUGAACCAGCAGGCAGUUGCAGAUCGCCUUGCUGCACCAGUAGGUAGUUGCAGAUCACCUUGCUGCACCAGCAGCUGGAGAAGUGCUGGACAGACGGAGGCGACGUGCUGACCGGUGAAACCCUUCCAACUAAAUUCAAAUUCAAAUUCAAAGUUUAUUCUCUAUAAGGAUUACAAUGCUGAGUUUACAGAAUUUGGUUAUUGUGUGGUUUACAUG